AUGCUUACCGAGCCGGAAGAUCCACUUGCCCCAUACUACUAUAACCAUGCGCAAGAAGUCAUUGCUGGCAUAGAAGUACCAUCAAUAACAGAGGAAUGGGUUGAGAAUUAUCCCAGCGUAGUGGAUCGUUUCUUCACACGUUAUUAUUACAUUAAAGAAAGUCCUGAACCGGCACCCUACCAAGUGCUGUUCCACUCCAAUCGUGUUUGUUUAAUUUGUUUGGCUCCCGAGCAUCCCGCAAUAAAAGACGGCAUCAAGUCAUUCACCUUUGAUAUUGGCAAUACAGAUCGCAGUAAAAAUACAGUUAAAGGCAAGGGCAAGAAAGGCGGUAUGGUGCUACAACACGACUCGACGCUAGCCAUAUUAACCACCGAGCAAAAUAAAGCCUAUAAAAUACCCAGUUGUGUACAAAGUAAAUUGGUGGAAGUGAAUACAGCUUGGGUGGAAGAACCAAAACGUUUGGAAACUGCCGCCGAAGGUGAAGGCUAUGUGGCGAUUGUAUUACCAAAACCUGAAGAUUGCGAAAAUAUCAAGCGCAGUCUACUAACACAAGCACAAUACAAUGAAAAGUGGGCUGCCAUAAAAAAGAAUGCUGCGCAGAAGUUGGAAAAUGUAAGCAACGCUGCCAAAACUGUGAACAAGGUUGCGGAGGGGGAGCAAGAAUCUGCACCAGUGGAUGCGCAACAUGCAGAUUGAUCAUAGUGCGGUUUCAAUAUGUGUUUUGUUUACAUUAGUUAAUAUUUAAAUAAAUAUUCUAAAUUUACGUGCUACUUUGAUAUUGCUAUUGAUUGCAAGUUAUGCUUUUUGCUGAUAAAUGUUACUUGGUACUAGGUUCGCAAGCGGUCCGGAGCUUCUUUCAACACAAAUAGUAAUUCGUUUUGCUGCUUUUAUAAUUUUCCUUGACCAUAAAUUGAUACAAAACUCACAAUUUGGUUUUUUCUAAGUUGUGUUUUUAUUUGUUGUUACAAUUCAGAGUCUCUCAUUAUGUCCAACAUUACAUUUAAAUGUAAGCUCACCGAUAAUUCAGCUGUUAUAGAUUUGCUAAAUCAUUUUUACAUUAAUUUGUCGAUGUAAUGCUUACAAUUUGAUUUGAGUUUUAUUUAUUUUGUUUUUUAUAAAAAAUCAUGCAACGUCUUCACCGUUUGUUUUACUCUUUUUAUUGCAUUUUUCCAUUAAUUUUUUACAUCUUCUCUCAUUCAAAUAAAAAAAUAAAACUUAUUAACUAUGACAGGGUCUAAAUUCACAAUGCCUUUGGUGCAGUGCAGUGAUAGUAGUUAAAAUUAUAUGUAAGUUGUUUUUAAUUAAAUUUAUUAAUUUUUAUUUUAAUUUUUUUUUUGUUUUAACACGCAAACUUAUAUUUAAAGCUCUCUCAAUGGUAGCAAAAAAAACGAAAAACAUAUUACUGUAGUACAUAGUGGGACACACUGUGUGGAGGUGCUGUACGAAAUUAUGAUUGUGCACAAUUAUUACAGAACAAUUAAACAAAUAAUUUCAGAAAAUAAAUGCCUUCAAUGGUUGUGCAAAGGUUUUUUAGUUGUUUUUGUAAGCGAAAAGUUAAAGCUGCGUUAAUGCGGUUAUUCAAAUUUAGACGGGUUCGAAUUCGGGCAAAGUUUGCUGGUUAGAAGUUUUAAAUUUAGUGUUAGCGGUUUAAUUUUUGUUUACUGUUAUUUUAGUCAUCUCUCCCUCUUUAAUGCUUAUUUAUGGCCAAUGCUCGAGCGCAUAUGGACUUUAUAAGAUUUUGCUAUUAUCCCUUUUGUCUCGUCCCUCCCACUCGUUAAAUUAGUUA